UUGUUUGUCGGAAAGAGACCCGAGGGCGGCCGGGAGGACAUGGAGGUGGGUUUAUCUUUGGUAUAAAAGCCAUCACGACUCGUAGUGGGGAGCGCCAGUCGGUGUCUGCAGUUCCACAGUGCCAGUGACCAGUGCCAGUAUGUCCAGGAAGGUCUCACCACCGGCGGCCGGCGUCGAAUACGAGUGGGAGUUCGCGAAGCCCUGGGACGACAACAGGACCGCCUGGGAGAAAUUCUGCACCACCCUGUACAACAGAGAAGAAUGCACCGUCCUGGGCAGAACACCCAAAAAUUGGUUUCAAUUGUUUGUUUUCUACUCAGUAUUCUAUAUAUUCCUAUCUAUACUGUUUGCAAUAUGCAUGGCUGGAAUGUUAGCAACGCUAGAUGAAAAAUAUCCUACAUGGCAGUUGGACGAUUCCCUCAUCGGUUCAAACCCUGGUCUUGGCUUUCGGCCUAUGCCCCCCAACAUCGACGAGGGUUCGCUUAUCUGGUAUAUGCCGUCCAAUAAAUCUACUGUUGAUUUUUGGGUAAAUUCAAUAGAUGGCUUUUUAAAAGAGUAUCGAGAGCCUCCUAGGACAAAAGGUGUACGACAGGUCUGCGACUAUGACCGGCCAGCAACGCCUGGUAAAGUGUGUGAUGUAGACGUCAACAACAUCAUAUGGCAAAAAUGUACACAAACAGAAAAGUAUGGCUAUAUUUCUUCAUCGCCCUGCAUUUUUCUCAAACUCAAUAGGAUAUUUGGUUGGGAGCCUGUGUUUUAUAAUGACACAAAUGAUUUACCUCAGGACAUGCCUGAUGAUUUGAAGGAUUAUAUAAAAAAAGUUGCUAUAGAUAAGGAAAAGCUUAAUACCAUAUGGGUGAGCUGCCACGGAGAAGGGCCGUUUGACAAUGAGAAUGUCGGGCCGAUCGAUUAUUACCCUCAACCAGGAUUUCCAGGCUAUUACUACCCUUUUCAAAACCAAGAAGGUUAUCUCAGUCCUCUUGUCGCAGUACACUUUAAAAAUCCAGCCAUGCACAGCCUCAUAAACAUAGAGUGCAGAAUAUGGGCAAAAAACGCUUUCUACAGAAAGAAUCCCAAAGAUAGGGAAGGUGCCGUACAUUUUGAGAUCCUUCUCGACUGAUCGGAGCUGUUCAGUCUUGUGCAUUUUCAGUAUUCUACAUUGUAUCAGUAAAAUCUUUUUGAAAACAAGUCAAAAUAUUCAGGUGACUGUCAUAAAGUCUAGUCUUGGGACAGGAUUGAAGGCUAUUUCUGAUCUCAGUUAUUAUCUCAUUCACUAUGAUCAAAGUACUUAAGUAAGAUGGGUGCAAAAUCCUUUUGUUAACAAAUGUUUCAAUCUUUAUAAAACCUGAUAUACUUUUCUUUAAUUUUUUUUUUAAAUUUC